AAAGAAUUUGAAUAUUGGAAACGAAAUCAGAAUUCACUAUUUUCCAGGCUGUUUAAUUACUAGUUAAGAUGCUGGUGAUACGGCAUAGCUCAGUGUGUCGAAGAAUACCCAGUUUCUCUAUUUGCCAAUUCAGCUCCCAAUUUAUACGGUUCCAAUCAACCAACCAAUCACAUCAAGUUGAUAUUCAAAGUCAAGUCAAUACAUUAUACUCCAAAAUUCAUAAUCCUAAAGAUCCAGAACCACCAAUAAUAUUCACAAAUCUUGCUUCAAGGCUCCCCAAGGAGGAAAUAUCAAUCAUUGCAGCUAAUGUGUUGAGUUCAAUAGUUCCAAGUUCUAAAAAUCGGUUUUUUUUACAAAAUGUAUUAGAAUCUGUUGAAUUAAAAGAUAUUAAUAAUCGUGAUAUUCUAGAUGGAUUAAUCCUUAUGGUGCAUAAACUAUCCAAGCAUUCAAGUGUCCCUAAGGAAAUCCAAACCAAAUUGAUCAAGAUUUUUUUAGAAUAUGCUAAUGACUAUACGAUUGAUAGAAUGUCUCAAGGUCUUGUUGAAUUUGAUGGUGGGUUUAAUAAACAUGUCUUGGUGGCAAUGUUGUUGAAAUUGAAGAAAUAUGAUGAUGCAUAUCAAUUAGUUAUGGAAACUUUAGAAAAUUUGGGUAAAAUACGGUUCACCACAGUGGAAAUUACAAUUCAACAUUUAUGUUUUGUUAAUCAAGUUGAAAAAGCUGGAAAUGUUUUAGAACAGGCAAUGAAACAUAGAAGAGUUGUAUAUCCUCGUACACUUUCCAUAUUUCUUUCCAAGGCUGUUGAAAUGGGUGAAUUCAAAGUUGUCUCCAAGUUUCAAAAUCAUAUAUUACAGAGAACUUAUAUUGAGAAUGGGACAUUAGUUAGACUGGCUGAAUGUCUUGCAGAGAGUGGUCACAUGCAACAUCUAUUCAAUAUAAGGCAAAUUGCAUCAAAUAAAGGAUCUUUCCUUCCUGAAUUUAUGGAAAGAAUUGAUAAAAGUAUAGCUGAAGGUUAUGCUAAAACAAAGAAUUUUAACAAGGCAUGGUCAUAUAUUGAAUCAUGUAAUGAUGGUUCAAAAGAAUUAGAAGUUGUUGAUUAUCCCUUUUUAAAAUCACUUAUUAGUGUUGAAUUUGUUGAUUCGACAAGGACUUUGAUGCUAAGGAAAAUGACAUCAUCACAAGAUAAUUUGAAGAAAUUUAUGUUGAAUCUUGUUAUUGCCAAAUUUUGUGAAGAAGGUGAAAUAUCUUGUGCAUUAAGGUUGAUUGAUGAAACCCCUAUUGUACAACCAUAUAUUAAUGAAAAUACCAUAUUACAAUUGAUUCAUGGAGCUGAUAUAACCUCUGAUCAAGAUGCUUUAAAAGAGAUUUAUGAAUUGAUAGAAUCAAGAGAUUUGAAAUUUGCUCAAAGGAAAACAUUGGAUUUAGUUGUUUCAACUUUUUUAGAAAGUGAUUAUUGGUUUUAUAUUUUCAAGAUAUUAGAAAGAUCAGAAGUUGAAUUCAAGAUUAGACCUAAUUUGUUUUCCAAAUUGGAGAUUAAAUGUAAAGAGUACAAUACAACACAACAUUUGAAAUAUAAAAUAGAUUAAAAUAAACAUCGUG